ACAUCUGUCAAAACAAACUUUUCAUAUUUUUGUUGCGCACUCGAGAAAUUGUUGAAGAAAUUUGGCUUUUGCCGAAAGGAAAUUAAUUAGUGGAAAAUUUGAACAACGAUGCAAGUUACGCGAAACGUAUGUCAAUCAAAAACUAUUAAAAAUAAUUUGAAUUAAACAUAAAAGCAGUGAUAAAAAUUGAUGCAAAGAAAUUUGUGUCUUGUGUACAGAUAAUUUGUCAGUUGUGACGUCAGAUAGUAUGAUCUGUUUUGGCGAAUUUGAUUGGCUUAGGAAAUAAGGUGAUUUAUUGAAAACAAGUUUUUGAGUGCAUUCAUCGAAUUUUAACCGAAAUAAACAAAUUACGGAAUGGAUUCGAAGCGGCAGAAUUGGGAUAAAUUUCUGCCCGAUGGAAUGGAACAGCCACUGUUCGAUAUUGUUAAAAAUGAAGACAUUGCCAGUACGUUUAAUAGUGACGUUUUGCCGGACGAUGUUCUUGAAGAUAUUAUGAGUGAUUUGGGGCUGACUUCUGAAGUGUUUAGCAACAGCAGUGCCGUUUAUUCGGAUGUGUCAUUUGAUCCUACCGACUCGUUCGAAAACAAUUCGGAUGAUGUAACCGACGAUUUUAUGAUGCAACCCCUGUACUCCUUCGGCUUCGACAAAUCACAAGCGAAAGAUCCAAUACUUUCGUCCAUCGAUUACAAGCAGCCGAUGGGAGUACCCGAAAUGUUAAAACACACGGCACCAUUAGUUUCUCCGGCAUUGACAUCGCCAGCGUUAGCUUCACCCGCAUUGGUAUCGCCACCAUUAACAUCGCCAGUACUAGCAUCGCCAACACAAGCAUCGCCGACAAUGAUGUCACCAACAUCAUCUCCAACACCAUUGUCACCGGUCACACAGUCUCCAUCCUCAUCGCCUCAGUAUGGUCCCAUUAAAUUGCAGGUGCUACGCAAUCAACAGAAAGUAUUGCAGCCCCAGACACAACAACAACAGAUUCAUAUCCUCAGUGACAGGAACUCACUAAAAACAGCUAAUUUGGCAACCAUCAAUGGGCAUCAUGUCAAAUCGAAAUCGAACCAGUCGAAGAACAAAAAAGGCUUAAUAAUGCAACAGCUGAUUCAGCAGCAACGCCAACAGCCACAAACAAUAAGCCAACAACAGCCUCAACAGCAACAACAACAGCAACAGCAGCAACAACAACAAGUUCUAACCUUACAGAGCAUUACGCCAACUGUUAUGUACACAACAACUGUAUCUGGCAGUGUUGCACCGAUCGAACAACAAAAUAUUCUCGUCAACGGACAUCUGUUAACAACCACACGGAUUCCUGUCGUACUGGAUACGGAAAACAAAGUGCCGAUCACAAGAAUCGUUCCGAAAGUGAAAGAAGUGAAACGAUCCGCACACAAUGCCAUCGAAAGACGAUACCGCACAUCGAUAAACGACAAAAUAAUCGAAUUGAAAAAUAUGAUUGUCGGUGAGUCGGCCAAAUUGAACAAGUCGGCCAUACUCAAGAAAUCCGUCGAGAAGAUAAAAGAUCUGCAGAAGGAAAACCAUGAUUUGAAGUCGGAAAACAAACGGUUAAAGAAGGAGUUGAUCAGCUUGCGCGGUGGACCGGCACCAAUGGUAACGUUGGAACAACUGUUGAGUGAUGGACGAGGCAAAAAGAAAACAAAGGAAAUCUACCAUUCUCAUGCAUCGCCGGCAAUGUCUGAAGAUGCACCAAUGACACCACCCCGAAGCGACGAAUCAAAUCCAUCUUCUUCGCCUCCAUAUUCGGACAGUUCAAUGCCGCCAUCACCGUUUAGUGGACGAGACGAUACGAUGUCUUCGGUGCGUGGAAUGGCAGCACACUCUCGCUUGGCACUAUGUGCUUUUAUGUUUGCUGUGUUGGCUUUCAAUCCGUUUUCCCAUUUCGCAGAUCCAGGCAGUGGAUCGCUCGGAGGAAAUUCUUUUGAUUCAUCACCCUCCAGACGAAUGAUACUGUCAGCUGGCAACGAUUACGAUUCACCUUUGCAUUCGAUUGGCGUGUUCAUUCUCAUCUGGACGAUCAACUUCGCAAUUUUCUUCUUUGGCUUAGUGAAACUACUGGUCAAUGGCGAUCCGAUAAUCAAUUUCGAUCCGUCCACCUCGGACACGUUGACAAAAUUGAAAAAACGGGCUGAGCUCGAAUUCAACGCUGGCAAUCACAACGAGGCCUACCUGGAAUACAUGAAAUGUUUGAAAAUUUUCGGUCUAAACUUGCCAUCAUCGAAAUUGGAAUCAUUUACCAUGACGACGUGGCAAUUUGUGCGGAUGUGCUUGCAUCGGAUUUGGAUUGGACGCUGGUUGUCGCGUAAAGCUGGUGGCCUAUUUUGCACGGAUUUACAGCGAAAGAAAGCUUUGACCUCGUCCAUGGAAUUGUCGCUGAUUAUGCACCGCUUGAACCAAUUGCAUUUGACCAGCGAUGUUGGGGAUUCAAAUGGAUUGAUGUUGUCGCUAUUCGCUGUGAACAUGGCCGAGGCUUCCAUGAGUAUUAUGAGUACCGAAGAAGCCGUGGAGAUUUUCUUGACAGCAGCACUGAGAGUCAAGCGAACAUAUCCAAAGUAUUUGCAGUUUUUCAAUCGCUACUAUUUGAGCAAAGCCAAGCAAAUAUCCGCAUCAUCGAACGUGAAAAUAUCCGACAAAUUGGCUUGGGCACUCACCUCGUACGGCUACAAAUUCCUAACAACGCAUCCAUUCUUAAAUGGAACCAGCAAAACCAACAACAACAACGAACUGUUCAGCAUAAUGACAAAUUCGUCGCAACCACUGGCAAUGGUCAAACGAGAUUACCGUCAACAUUUAUUGGAACGAGCACUGCAAUGUCUGAUUGGCGUUGGUACCGCCAAAAAUGAAGUGAAAAUCGAUUCGGAUAGCAAUGACAAUUUGUCAGCCUCCCAGAUCAGCGAUGUGUUGAGCUACACGAAACUAUUGAUUGGAUGCAGUGACGACGAUCCGUUGUCGGCCUGGUGGUCAAAUUUACUGACUACGGCCGCUUAUUGGCUGUUGGGCGAUGAUGACGAGGCUGAGAAGUAUCAUAAACUCAUACAGAAGAUGCCGAAAAUUUUGUCCGGUGGCGAUAAAUCGUUGCCAAUGGCUUUGAUUAGUGUUUUCAAUGCAAAGAAAUCGUUGCUGAAGAAAAUGUCGUACAACUACGUUUACUACAAGGACGAAGAAAUGGCUUGUAAUUCGGCUAGUGACGUUCUCGAACACGGUCUGACCUGCAACAAAAUGAAGUCCACACAAGGAGAGAUCAAUAUGUUGGUUCAACUUCUUCUGUGUGACUGGUUACUCGAAACACGAACGGCUUGCUGGGAAGCCCAUAAUAAGAAUCUACAGGCGAAUCUCGAUGACGAUGGCUAUCGUCUAGUGAACAGUUUAUUCUUACAUAAUUUCCAGCGUGACUUGAACUCACUUCGUUCAAUAAUGGAAGACAUUCCGGCGGCCCAAACUCGACUUUAUUUGUACGAAGCUGUGUGCCGUUUUAUGGCUGGGGCAUCGCCUGGUCCCACACAACAACUGCUGGACAGAAGUCUGCGAUACCGCAACACAAAAUCGUCAAUUAUUUGCGGUAAAGAUCGCAAUCAACAAUGGGAAGGCGGUGAACGAGAUCGUGCCUCGGCCAUGUAUGUUGCAUGCAAAUAUCUUCCGACGCCGCUACUUUCGUCGCCGGGUGAACGAGCUGGCAUGUUGGCUGAAGCGGCAAAGACACUCGAAAAAAUUGGCGAUCGCAAAAAAUUGAACGAUUGCUAUCAGCUGAUGAAAUCGCUGGGCAGCAAUUCGGUUACAAAUUAAGACAAAUUUAAUUUUUAGAAGCACUGGGUGGGUUGGUCCUUUGACGUAAGAUCAUACGUUCACGUAUGAUUUUACGAGAAUAUCUCCAUGCAUUUUGCACGGAUUUUUUUUUAUAUUUUUACGUUAAAAGCGCAACGUACCUGCUGCAGGAUGUGUGCAUCUUUAAUUUAUCAUCAUCACAACAUCAACAACAACAAUAAAAA